CGUGGCUACAUUGCAGUGUACUCUCCCACAGCGUUCACCACCAACAGUCAGUUGGCCGCUGCUCGACCCGCCAUUGGCUCGAUUUGGCUGAGCCAGAUUUCAACGUCGACAGCUCGCAGUCUUCCACCUUUGCCUAUUUCACCAUCGCCUCGCAUCCUCCCAAGUCCACCGGCAAUACGCCCUGCCACGCUGCGCAAUAAUUCCAUCUGUCGAAUUAAUCUACUCUCUACCGCGUCGCUCAAUUGACUGACCACGCCUCGACCGCCGCUCUCUCCCUCCUUCCCACAGCGCAAGCAUGACCUCACGGCCCCGACGUUCGGCUGCUACAAAGGCCAGCGAGAACAUCUCGGAGCAAACAAAAUGGCAAGAUAAUGCUGAGCGCAGCACAUCUUCACGACGCUCUGGACGUGGCAGCGCUCGAUUCGACGAGGACGAAGACGACGAUUCUAUAACUGUGCGAAUGCCUUCUGGGCGACAAGCUGCGCGAAGCAGCAGCCGUCGAUCGGAUGUCAGCGAAGUCAGAGCUGGCACGCGAAACCGUGGUACAAAGAAGAACUACGUUGUCGAUUCGAGCCCGGACGAUGAAGAAGAGGACGAAGAAGAUGAAGACGAGGAGCUAGAUGAGGACGGCGAAGGCGACGACAACGACGCCAUGGAAGAUGUGGACGCAGAGGGCGACGAAGACGAGGAUGCCGAAGGUGAUACGCCUAUGGAUUCGGACACAGCUAUCCGCGUAGCUAGACCGCCACCACCGCGAAGUGCCGCUAGGGCUGCUGCUUCCAAGAUGGUUGUCGAUGAUGACGAUGAUGACGAGGACGAGGACGAAGAGCUGAGCGAUGCCGAUAGCAACAUGGCUGAUGGCACUAUGGGCUUUGACAACACCAUGGGUGAUGAGACCAUGGGCGGCGGCGAUGACGAUGAAGAAGAGGAGGAUGAAGAGGACGAAGAUGCCGAAGGGGACGAUCAAGAUGCAGAGGGCGAGGCUGAAGGCGAUGGCGACGAAGACGAUGGCGAUGGCCUUAGCAGCGAUGAGGACGGUGUCGGCACACCAAACCUGGCCAAGAUGACCAAGAGACAGCGUGCUCGCUUUGAGGAUGAGCCGCAAGAGUACAUGAAGCUCUCUGACGAGGUUCAAGUUAAGAAGCACUUUACAGCUGAGGAAUUGUCAAUGCGCAGGCAGGAAAUGGCCCGUCGUCGACGCAACCUUAGCGAGAAGCGCAAUGAAGAAGUCAAGGUAUGUUUUGCACUCUGGCCCAGCCAGCUCUCUACUAACAUGGCGCAGAUGGAAACCAUCAACAAGCUGCUCAAGAAACAGGCUCGUAAGAUUAGCAAAAAGGCGCUAGACGACUCGCUAGAGGGAUCAAACAAGCCCAAGCCCACGCUCAUCCGAUGGGUCAGCACUAAGGAUGGCAGCCGAGUGGCGGCAUCCAACGAGAUCAUGGAGGGCCCUGCAGGAACCGUUUUUGGAGAGUACAAGCCUGCUGCGUCACCGAGCAAAAUGGUAGAAGAGGUGGCGUAGGGCGGACUUGCUUGCAUGAAGUCCCGGGGAGUUUUACGGCGUUUGUGGGAUAACACUGGUCUAUUUUGAGCACAGGGAAUAAUUAUAGAAACACACCACUGUUCUUUGAUGCCACACCGAUCUGCGAUUGUUUUCUCUUUCAUACUAGUAUUUAACCCUCACUUCUUUUUUCUCAUGCACAAGAGGAACAGCGCAGACCUGAAAGGCAACUCACGUGCGUUUGCAUCGCUGCCGGCGCGUCGUGAUGUAUUCCGCGGGCCGUCCAUCUGUGCUUCCCGCGCCUUCCCCCCCUAUGUUCAGCUGGCGAGAUAAAAGAAAAAAAACAAGACCAAAAUAGCCUCAAUUGACUCUUCUCUUUGCAAUUGCUUUUAAAACACAAAACAACAAAGACCACAAGGUGAAAGGGAUCCCCCGUUUGGUGGCGCGACACCGCAGCCCGCAAGCAAGCAACGGGCG